AUGGGAUUUACUUCUAGAUUAAUGAAUACUGAGAAUGGCGUUGUUGUCGGGACAAAUUCAGAUAAAUCCUUAUUUUUCAUUGCAUCUUGUCACGAUGGAGAUCGAGAUUUGUUGGAUACUGAAUCGAAACCUGCCAUGAUUCGGCCGGAAUCCAAUAAGGAUGAAACUAGAAAACGAUUCGAAGGAUUUAUCUGUUCGUCGGGUGUUUUGCGAAAUGGACGCGACGAUUUAUUUAUUUCUGUCGCUUACGAGGACAUUCCGGACGUAUUAUUUCCGUCAUAUUUGAGAUCCGAUAAAGAUAGAAGGUGGUACGUAGGAAAAUGGGUCAGCUUCUAUCUUAAUCGUACAGGCGUGUUAGACUCGUUCAGUGAUGUUCGAAUAAUUCGAGAUGUCUGGGAUACGAGAUAUUGCGACGGUCUGUGGGAGGUCAAAGUGCCGUGUAAUUUUGAAAGGAUGCGCUGGAAUAAUAUGUACAAACUGAACAGUGAAGUUUUUGGUGACAUCAUUGAUGUUGAUAAUGUUUUAGAAACUGAAAAUGUUUCAUCGAAUCUCCAUGAAAAACAAUCUAUGAUUGAAGAGAAUAUCACUAUUCCACCAACAGUCGAAGAGAAAGAAUCUAUGCGAUCAAUAAACGACACUAGAAGAAAGUCAAUAAUUAUUGAAGAAUAUUCCAUUGAGGAUGAUUCGCGCUCAUUGAGAAACAAUCGUACUAAAAUUAGUUCCGAUGAUGAAUCUUCCGAGGCGGAGUUGGAUAUGAAUUUCGAAAGAAACAUGAAAGAAAUGAGGAAAAAAACUUCGCCAUUAGUAACGAAAAAUGAGGAAAACAGAUUUGAUGUUGAUAACGAGGAAGAAAUUAAACAACUUGAAAUAGAGUACGACACUCUGAUUAUCGCUUUAUUUCGGGAUAUGCUCACUAGUCCAGCCGUGUGUAAAUCAAUGACCGAAUAUGACAAUGAAGCGUUCCGAGAAAUAAGUAAAAUUCUUUUCUAG